GCUUGUGCGCUUGGUCCAACAGCGCUUGAGUUGUACAAGACAGACGCAUUUGAAAGUUUUCAGAUUUCUCCUGAGAAUACUGCGGGGCUUUUCUUUAAUCUAAACGGACUUUGUUUGGUUUCUGGAAGCGGAUGUCAAGUGCUUCGGCCAUUUUAAACCGUGCGUUAUUCUCGCGUCUUUCCCAGCUCCAUCUGUUAAUUUAUUGUGCUUCCGCGACGAGACGUUGCACCAGGAGGGAGGACAUUUCAUAAAAGAUGAUAUCGAUCAGAAUGAUUUCAUCAGUGCUGCUGCUGAUGCUGAUGCAGUCCGGAGCUCAGUGCGCACGGAGGUUCCGGGGUGGCCGCAACCCACAACCGCGACGCGCACCACCUCCUCCCACAUACCGGGCGGACCGGGGUGACACCACGGAGAGCUUCCCUCUGGAUUUCACCGCCGUGGAGGAGAACAUGGAUAACUUCAUGACACAGGUGAAGAACCUGGCGCAGUCCCUCUACCCGUGCUCGGCGCAGAAGCUCGACUACGACAUGAAGCUGAACUUUUUGGGAAAUACCUCUGUCACCUGCAACGACGGAAGCGCCGCUGGGUACUACCUGAAAGAAUCUCGAGGCAGCCGACGGUGGUUGAUAUUCUUAGAGGGUGGCUGGUACUGCUUCAACAAGGAGAACUGUGACAGCCGAUACGAGACCAUGCGGAGACUGAUGAGCUCAUCCAAGUGGCCCCAAACUAAAACAGGCACGGGGAUCCUGUCUCCACUGCCUGAGGAAAACCCUCACUGGUGGAAUGCCAACAUGGUGUUCAUCCCGUACUGCUCGAGCGAUGUGUGGAGCGGCGCCACAGCCAAAACAGAGCAGAGUGGCUAUGCAUUUAUGGGCUCACUAAUUAUUCAGGAGGUUGUGAAGGACCUGCUGAACAGAGGGCUGGACAACGCCAAAGUUCUCCUAUUAGCAGGAAGCAGCGCGGGUGGUACAGGGGUCCUCCUGAAUGUGGACCGUGUGGCAGAGCUGCUGGAGGGACUGGGGCACACUGGGAUACAAGUACGAGGUCUGUCUGAUUCCGGCUGGUUCCUGGACAACAAGCAGUACCACUGCACGGACUGCGUGGACACUGCCAGCUGUUCUCCCACUGAGACCAUCAAGAGAGGCAUCAAGUACUGGGGAGGAGUGGUCCCAGAGAGGUGCAGGCAAACCCAUGAAGGAGAGGAGUGGAACUGUUUCUUUGGAUAUAGAGUCUUCCCAUCAAUAAAAAGCCCGGUGUUUGUUGUCCAGUGGCUGUUUGAUGAGGCCCAGUUGACAGUGGACAAUGUCCAGCUAACAGGCCAGCCUGUGCAAGAAGGGCAGUGGCGCUACAUCCAAAACUUGGGCAUCGAGCUGAGGAACACGCUCAAAGAUGUCCCAGCAAUGUUUGCUCCAGCGUGCCUAUCACAUGAAGUUAUCACCAGAAAUUACUGGAUCGACGUGCAGGUUAAAGGCACUUCCCUGCCCCGUGCGCUGCACUGCUGGGACCGCAGCCUACAUGACAACAGGAACAACAAGGCCCCGCCCAAAGGCUGCCCUGUACACCUGAUCGACAGCUGCCCAUGGCCACACUGCAACCCCACCUGCCCCACCAUCCGAGACCAGUUCACAGGGCAAGAGAUGAAUGUUAUUCAGUUCCUCAUGCACAUGGGCUUCGAUGUGCAAAAGAUGGCCCAGCAGCAGGGCAUGGACCCCAGCAAGCUACUGGGCAUGCUCAGCAGCGGCAGCUAAAGGGACACGCGUACACACAGUAUCUCCAAGCUAAGCCCAGCAGGGCUGGCUGGCCUCUCAGGCCAGUCUCCCAUGCCUGAUACCUCCAAAUACACAUCCACCUUCUCAAAACAUUCUACCUAUAGUCGAAUCCCCUCUGACCUCCUGUUUACCUUAGCCUCAGUCACACACAGGGGUUUAUGUCGUGGAGAAUAGGUCUUAGAGAAAAGAGACUGCAGCUUGUACGUUUGAAUGAAUUUAUUUGCAAAGAAACUAAGACAAAGUUUUGUGUCUUAUACAGAACUCAACAAUUAAUGAUGGAAUCACAGGUAGACACCUGUUUCCUGUUUUCCUGCAGGAACAGCACAAUGUUUAAACACCCUUCCUGUUAGGAAGCCUAAAAGGUCCAAAUGAAAGGAAAUAACAAAUUCAGAACUUAAUGUGAAUUAUGCUUCACAUUAAUUAAUCCUCCGCCCACAAUCCAUUUCCUCACACUUGGUGACAAGUACUGGGGCAACACGCCACCACGACAAGGCACACCUCUCUGCUACUCUCCAUUUAAAUUAUCUUUUGCUUUUUAAAAGAAAAAAAUAUCACGAAUGUAAUCCAGUUUUAAGGAUGCUCAUUGAUGUUUUUCUUAAAUAUUAUUUUCAUCCUUCCAUAUAGAUCAUAUUUAGUCAUUGUUGAACAAGACAGAAAACGCCACAAUGACAUAAGGAUGCUCUCUUUGUUAAGUAGUCACUAUAGAGUAUAUAAGGGUAUUAUUUUGUUCAUUAGUUGGGUUCUAACAACAUCUCGUCACACAAAUCUAUCACGACAGAAACAGGGACAAUAUAAUGUUAGAAAAGCACUGGAUCAGGAAGGAAACUUUCUAUUUAUCUCUUAACGAUAGAGACAAAUGACAUCAAUACUCCUCUAAUAAGACCAGGUUGGAUUGAUGUUUGUGAGUGAGCAUUUUGCUUGUGUUUAAAAACUCUACAACAUAUUCAUAUUCAUUUUAGUUAACACCAGGUUGGACCAGGUUGGAUUGACACACUUCUUAUAUGCACAAUCUGAUAUCGAAAUGUUGUUUUUCCUACUAGAGCUACAAGGAUCAGUUAGCUGUUGACUAAUAAAUUAAUCACCAAUGUCUAAGAAAUUAAGUUAAAAUGAUUCUAGCUUCUUAAAUCUGAAUAUUUUCCACUUUAUUUACUCUUCUGUGUCAGUAAACAAUAUGUCAUGGGCUGUGGACAAAAACAAGACAUUAGUGGACAUCAUCUUGGCCUUUUGAAGACACUGCUCAACAAUCUUCCACCAUUUUGUGACAUUUUAUAGACCAAACACCUAAUCCAUUAAUUGACAAAAGAUUAAUUGCAAAAUAAAAACAAUCAUUUGUUGCAGCCCCGAUUCAAUCGAACAAGAAAAAAAGACAAAAAAUACUCACAUGGCUGAGGUUAUCCUUUCUAACACAUGGUUAACAGUGUGAACGGUUCUACUUUAACCCAAGCCAUGACCUUUUUCCUAAACCUAACCUUGUUGCCAAGCAUAACACACAACACCAACCCUGGUCUCCAGCAACAUUAAUGAAUAUGUUGUAGGAACACCAACACAUCGAUAUCACAUACACCUUCUUGCACA